UUAUCAACUGUUUUAAAUUGGUUAAAAUCAGUUCAUUGAAAGGGCCCAUCGCUGUACAUCUCCAACCCCUUCAUCAAGACUGUCCAAAACUUCAAUUUCUGUCUUAUGAAAACAGGAGUCUCAGAUCUCCAGUAGAAUGGCACUCUGAUAUUCAUAACGUUGUCCGAUCAAUCCAAUAUUGUUCAGUCCGAGGCCAAUUCAUUUCGCUGAUCUCAAACUAACCUCAGAAUUUUUGUUAGAGAGAUAAGGCAUAGGCCUUAGAAGGGAGUGAGGAAGAACCUCUGAGCAGUGGGACUGGGUUUAGGUAUACGCCAUUAUUCUUGGACAAGCACGACCUGUCUCUGAAGUGGACAGCGAUAUAACCCUCAUUUGGGUGUGGUGAUUCAUUCUGAGGUUAAAGGCUGAGCAGAGGAGUACAUAGCGGCACGCCAUUUCCCACCAAGAGUAUACUUCAAUUUCAGUCUAUUUUAAGAGGGCUGUUGUGAGGAAACAUCAGUUCAGAUUUUGCAGUUUGUUUGCUAUUUGAACUUAGCCAAGUUGGACUUGAAGUCUGCACCAUGUCUUAUGAAAUGGAUGAUGUCAAAAAGAUUGGGAUUGGCCUCACUGGAUUUGGACUUCUUUUCUCAUUUUUGGGAGUGAUUUUUGUUUUCGACAAGGGUUUAUUAGCAAUGGGAAAUAUUCUAUUCUUGUGUGGGUUAUCAUUAACCAUUGGUUUAAAGUCAACAGUACAAUUCUUUACCACACCUCAGCAUUACAAGGGCACAAUUGCCUUUGUAAUAGGUUUCUUUGUUCUUAUUGUUGGUUGGACAUUUGUUGGCAUGUUGCUGGAAGCAUAUGGGUUUUUUGUCCUCUUCAGUGGAUUUUGGCCCACUGCUAAAGUGUUUCUGUACAAAGUGCCUGUUCUUGGAUGGUUUCUCCAUCACCCAUUUCUUGCCUUUCUUUUUGAUCGUUUUGGGCAGAGGAGGGUUGCAGUCUAAGAAAUCAGUUGCCAGUCAACAAUUUUUGUUGACAUUUUCAUUUUCUCUUUUUCAGUGUCUAUCUUGGCAUUUUAAUCAGGUGUACUGUGUAUGGCUUAGUAGCAUUAUUUAUUUAUUCUUUUAGAAUGUAUCAGUGAAUUAUGGUAUGUCCAUAUUCUCUCUCUCUCUCUCUCUCUCUCUCUCUAUAUAUAUAUAUAUAUAUAUUUUUCAAAUGUAACAUCUCUUUGAUAAUUUGUUGCUACAAAUAAAUUGAUGUUUUAUUUACUGUACUAACAACAGUACUUUAUGGUGCAUAGGACACACGGGCAGGCAAAUUUUAUUGGA